AUGGCGACAGAGUAUAUCGAUGGACCAAAACCGGAGCAAUUCCCGUUCGAAUUCCUCCUCCGCCAUGUCGACGAUGAACCCACCAUUGCCGACUAUCGGUUCUUCCAGCAGGCUGCCACUGGCAUCAUUGAGACCGCUUUGGGCUUUGCAGUUCUUGGCGAGGUCGAAGGUGCUACCAAGCUCCUUGAAACUCUGAAGAAUCGAGGUAUCGAUCCCUUUGACGUCUUGGGUCCCGAAUAUCCGUUCCUCAAACCAUGCAUGUACUUUGCAUGGGAAGCAACCUCUUCAUGGCCUUCAUGGAUACCCGACGAAGAACGUACCGAAAAAAGACUUGAGGAACUGGAGGCUGAGGGACGAACCCCAUGGCUUGAGAGGUUCAGCGAAGAAUGGCAAGUCUCAGAAGAGACAGCCAAGAAAGCACUGGACAUGGCGUAUCUAGGGAUUGCCACAGUUCUGCCUGACUACAACGGCACGUUGGCUGGACAAGUUGCCCAGGUAGAAAUCAUGUGGAAGAAUGGAGAGUUUUCUUCGGCUGCGAACCCCAACAGACCCAUGACAGUCCGUUACUCCAAACUGGCCAUGUGGUGGCGCCAAGGCAUCUAUCCUUAUCCGUACGUCCAGGUGUACCGUACGGCCGGGUUCAUGAUUGCUCUAGACAUCUACCUGCGGGUGGGGAAGGAGGAAGAGGUUCAGACUACGUUCUGGAGGAUCUGUGAGAGGUUUCAGUAUGAGGAACAAGUUGAGCAACUGGCGUGCUCACGCAUGGCUUGGAAGAAACUCUUGACAGCGCCCAGCCGACCUAUUCUCGAUCUCCUGCAAAUCCAUCCGGCGAAACUCAGGCCAGCAGUUAUUCGAGCCCUGCAUAUGGCUGAGCAUCGUUUGGAGCAUGGGCCAAAGCGUCGAUACAAAGGCGAGACCAUUGAGAAACUGGCUCACGCCGUCAGUGCAAACACAUUUCACAACUGUCCAUACGACGUACUCGCAGCGUACCGCCCGCCAGAGAAGCCUCGUGCUCGACCUGAAGAUGCCAAUGGUCUUUUACGGCCACCUUGUUCUCCAUCAGAAAUUACAGACCUGGAGAAACGACUUGAAGUGACGCUUCCCCAGGACUACAAGGAGUUCCUCAGCGUCACCAAUGGGUUGGGGUCUAUGUGGAACGGCCAGAAUCUAGUCGAUUACUUGGUCAAAGCCGAUGAUGUAUGCUGGCAGGACAUUGACUUCCUCGAAGGGAACCUGAUUCCUUUGCUGCGCGACAACGACCCAUCGCCUUGGACUGACAACAGAUUAGACUGGCCUGAAGUUGGGGAUUUUCGGGCCAUAUGUCUUUCAGGCGACCAAAACAGCGAGGAGUCAAACGGCCACCUCUUUCUCUUGCCCCCAGAGAUGGUCCAAGAGCGCAAGGACUACUUCUUCAAGGAGUAUGAGAAGAGGAACGAUUCCCAGCGACGUGAAUUGGACCGUGUGGUGGAGGAGACUUAUGGAAGCAUGGAAAGGUUUCGGAACUUGGAGUACGCGCUCAUCAGUUGGACACCGUGGGAUAUUGAGUUUUAUCCAUACGAUGGUAUCAGAGAUCUCCUUGAGCGCAUGGCUGAAGCUGCGUUGCACAACGAUAGGCCUUGGUUGAACAUUUUCGAGCCAAGAUUUCGCCGGCUUGGGUGA